GUCACAUCUUGAACUCCUCUAGAUCUCCAGAUCACCUUGGAUCAGUCCAGACACUCAGAUCACAGACACAAUGGCUUCCACAGAUGCUGCCCCCGCCUCCUGCAAGGUCAUGCUCUCCAAGCAUGUCGCCAAUGGCCUUCUCGCCGAGGUCCAGGAGGGUCUGAAGACGCUGGAGAAGCCCCCCCACCUGGUGGGAUUCCUGGCCAACGAUGACCCUGCGGCGCUCAUGUACGCCCAGUGGACGGAGAAGACCUGUGAGGAAAAUGGCUUCCGGUACUCGCUGCGUCAAUUGCACCGAGAUGAUCUGGAGGAGGCUCUCCUCGCCGCCAACGUCGACCCAGAGGUCGACGGCAUCAUCGUUUACUACCCCAUCUUCAACAACCGCCAAGACCAGUACCUGCAGCAGAUCGUCGACGUCUCCAAGGACGUCGAGGGCCUCACCCACCGCUACAUCUUCAACAUGUACCAGAACAUCCGCUUCCUCGACCCGGCAACCAAGCGCCAGAAGUCCAUCAUCCCGUGCACCCCGCUCGCCAUCGUCAAGAUCCUCGAAUACCUCAACAUCUACAACCGCAUCCUGCCCUACGGCAACCGUCUGUUCGGCCACACCAUCUGCGUGGUCAACCGCUCCGAGGUCGUCGGCCGACCCCUGGCUGCCCUGCUCGCCAACGACGGCGCCUGCGUGUACAGCGUGGACAUCACCGGGGUGCAGAAGUUCACCCGCGGGGAGGGUCUCCGCAAGGGGAGACACGAGGUCCAUGAGCUGGAAGGCAAGACCAUCAAGGACGUGGCGCCGCUGUGCGACGUCGUGAUCAGCGGUGUUCCGGGAGAGAAGUACAAGUUCGAUACCAGCUUGCUUCGCGAGGGUGCUGUGUGCGUGAACUUUUCUAGCGAGAAGAACUUCCCCCACGAAGUCCGCGAAAAGGCAUCCAUCUUCGUGCCUUCCAUCGGAAAGGUGACCAUCGUCGUCUUGCUGCGCAACCUGCUGCGCCUCAUCCAAAACCGACGAGCGGACGACGUCAAGCCCGCCCAGGCUACAGAGCAGCCGGGGACUCUGGAGGCCAACGUAUAGUCUCCACUAGAAGUUGUUCGAUUUACGCUUUGACAUGCAGCCAGACUUUUCGAUAAUAUUUCAAUAUUAUUUGUUUCAAUAGAUUUCGUGUAAUUAUAUUCAUUUUAUUUUAAGAUCUAGUAAUGACAGCUUAAUGAGCUCGAGG